AUGAAUUCCAUCAGCUACCUCGACUCGGUCCUCAGCCGGUCCUUCGCCUCGGACAAGAACAUCAAGAGGUCCAGAUCGUACUCUUCCAUCCCCGGCAGCAGCCAGGGGCGCCGGCGAUCGUCAAGCUCUUCGGGCCCGCCUCCUUCGUCCAGGUCAAGCAGCCCUCAUCGACGCACGCGCGCAGCGGAGGCAGAUAUCCGCUCCUCCUCCAACAGCAGCUAUCCCUACCCUGCCAAGCUACGGCGCACCGGCAGCACGCCCGCCGGCGUCUCCACGUCCCAUCGCUACUACCGUCACGAUGACGGCGACGGGACGAGCGACCAGGGAGAGGGCAAUGACGAUGCCGCCGAUGCUGAUGGCCUGCCUCGUGCCAGAUGGAGCGCGCUCUGGGGAUUGACGGGCUGGCUGGACGAUGCCAUCAAUCCCUCAGGCACCACGCCACCACCGAGGUCGAGGAAAACCAGCUCGACCAAGUCGUCGGGGUCUCGAGGCCGCAUCGAUGAAGCUCAGGGGCCACCGCCAGAUGGGCUGCGGCGCAGUCGCAGGGUACCGAGCCUCGACAGCCUUCUCAUGGCCUCCUCGGCUCCCGUUCGCCGUUCGCCCCGCCGCACGGCUUCCAGCGGCACGGCAGCCCAAGUGCCGAUCGUCCGGGCCAAGCAGCCCAGUGCACCGGUAGACGAAGAAAGCCGGCCCCGCCGCCGUAGCAGCAACGGGAGGAAGAGCAGGUUCGGGCAUGCCGCAUGUCUUACGAUGACAGGCGUCGCUGCCCCUGACCCCGCCGAGGUGGCGUUGCGAUCCGAGGACGCAGAACAACUAGACGAGCGGGACAUGAUGAGCGAAAGGGAGCGGGAGGACAUCGUCGACUUCGACGGGGGCGAUUUCGCUCCCGACGAUCUUGACGCCGUAGGCGCAGUCUCGGGAUCACCCAGACGGUAUGGCCCGAGCCAACACCUUCGCCAGGAGUCGGGCGAUAGCCAGUCGGGCGCCAGCUCGGCCGGCUCGACUGAAAGCGGUGAUCCCUUCGUCGGCCAAGGCUUGCUCGAUCAGACGGCUUCCGGUGCAAGGCUGCCGCCUCCAGCACCAGACAUUCCAGAAAUGGGGAUCCCUGUCUCGCACCAGGCAGCGUCAUCUUCUUCUGCGCCACCACCACCAUGUGACGCAGAGAAAGCGUCGAUGCUGUCGAUUUUCCAGAAGGCCUCGAGGCAUGUCAGCCAGCAGGCGGCUGCUCAGGAUUCGGACGGCUUGGCGUCAGGUCAGUCAUCAUCCUCACCGCAACCUGUGUCGCCUCCUCCGAGUACAUCCUCGAUGCGUCAGGACAAUGAGGCGCCCACCGAUGGCCUCUCAAACAUGAGGAGGCGACCGUCAAGAAAGGCUCAUGGCAGGCAAGAUUCGAAUGAGAUGGCGCAGCCGACAUCCGACGGCUGGCUCAAGGCGCGACCGCCAUACCCGCACUCGGCUUCCUCCAUUCCGGCGUCUUCGCCUUUCGCGCCUCGGCGCUGGCGCUUCUCACCUUCCAGGGCGUUCCGGAGGGCGCUGAUAGCGCUGCGAGACAUACUGAUUGUCAUCCUGUCGACUCCUCUGCGCGGCAUGCAGCUGCUGGCGGGCCGGCCAAGACGGGCCAGGUACAUCAGGGAGGCCGACUUGAAGGGAGACAUCAUGGCGCAGCCCGAACGCGAGGCGGUCGCUGUCUUGUUGCGCGAGAAGCGCCUGGGAGAUGGCGACGAUGCAGCGUCGUUCGCCUCUUCGGAUGCCUCCGAGAUCGCUUCGAAGAAGGGUGACGCCGAGCUCGACGACAAGAUGGGCCGGCCACGGUCUCUAUCGAGCCUCCGCUUUGCAGCGGCGGACGGCAACGUCCACAAACUGCCGAGGUCGAACAGCGGCCGGCCAAGGACCCCGCGUCCAGAGAUAGCGCCCUCAGAACUGUUCCCUGCUGAGGCGACACCUGGUCACGCGGAAGAUCGGGCAUCCCCUGCUGACACGGAUGCGAGAUCAGGCAAGGACAGCGACGACGAAGAGCCAGUCACUGAAGAGCAGGCGGCGGCGCGGGCCGAGAAGCAGCGGCUCGCACGCCUCGCCGCCGGCGGAAGGGCAGAAGAAAGCGGUCACCCACAACGGCCGCCGCUGGUCCCCACACGCAGCCGGCUGCUGCCGAAUCCGCAUCCCAUCGACCCCAUGCUCGCCCACGACCGCAAGGCGCAGCCGGUCGAUGAAGCGAUGGCGCGCGAAGAGGCGAGACUGCAAGCCGAGCGCAAGGCCAAGGUGGACGAGCGACGCGCGGCACGGAGAACGGCGCAGCUCAAUCCCGCAGCGGCCAAAGCGGCCCUCGAGGCGGCGCCGGCUGCCGCUGCUGCUGCUGGCGGAACGCAUGCGAUGGCCAAAGUGCCGCGGGGCCCCUCUUCGUCGAUCAUCCACCACACGCCCAAGAUCCUGGUGCUCGACCUCGACGAGACGCUGAUCCACUCGACUUCGCGGUCCCCAACGACGUACUACAACGGCGCCGGACGACGCGUCUCGACCGGCGGCGGCGGCAUCCUCGGCCUCGAGAGCCUGGGCGCCGUGCUGGGGCUGCGCGCCAACGAGAACCCGGGCCGCAUCCGGCCACACAUGGUCGAGGUGGUGCUCGACGGGCGCAGCGUGCUUUAUCACGUCUACAAGAGGCCGUGGGUCGACUACUUUCUGCGAAAGGUCGCAUCGUGGUACCACGUCGUCAUCUUUACGGCGUCGGUGCAGGAGUACGCCGAUCCGGUCAUUGACUGGCUCGACCAAGGCCGCGGGCUGAUCGGCGGCCGGCUUUUCCGAGAGGCCUGCACGUACAAGAAUGGCUCCUACGUCAAGAACCUGCAGGUGGUGGACCCGGACCUGUCGGCCGUGUGCCUGGUCGACAACUCGCCGGCGAGCUACGCCCACAACCAGGCCAACGGCAUCCCCAUUGAAGGAUGGACCCACGAUCCAAACGACGAGGCGCUCCUCGAUCUCCUGCCCGUCCUCGAUAGCCUUCGCUUCGCAACCGACGUACGCCACAUUCUCGGCAUACGCGGCUUCUCGUCGUCGUGA